UCCUUCAUCUUCACCAAACCGCGAUGGGUUUUUACCUUCACCUACUCCCACCCAAUCUCUCUUGUUCUUCUCUCUCUCGCUCGAACCCGACUUCGGCUACGGGUUGAAUUCCAUGGCGUCCGCCACCGCCAACUCCCUUUCGCUCUCCGUCUCCUCCAAGAAGCCGGGCUCUUUUGACAGCCGUGGCUUGAUUGCUCCUCGGAGCAUUCUUGUUCCUGUGUCUUCUUUUUCCAAGUGUAAACGGGUUAGUUUAUCUUUUUCUUCGGCGAGUCCUACAAGGAUGUGGGUGCGAGCCAGUGCGACUCAGGUGAUGGACGAAUCGCUUAGCGAGAAGACUCCUACGGCUUCUCCUACAAUCGUCGAGGUUGAUUUGGGUAACCGGAGUUAUCCGAUAUAUAUCGGGUCUGGGUUGCUCGAUCGACCCGAGAUUCUUCAAAGGCAUGUUCGUGGGAAGCGAGUUCUUGUGGUCACCAAUGAAAAAGUUGCCCCUCUUUACCUGGACAAGACAGUAGAUGCUUUAACAAGAGGAAACCCGGGCAUCUCGGUCGAGAGCGUGAUCUUACCUGAUGGGGAGAAAUACAAAGACAUGGAUACUCUUAUGAAAAUCUUUGACAAGGCGAUUGAGUCUCGUCUAGAUAGGCGCUGUACAUUUGUUGCGCUUGGAGGUGGUGUGAUUGGCGAUAUGUGUGGAUUUGCGGCUGCCUCUUAUCUACGGGGUGUUAAUUUUAUCCAAAUCCCGACCACUGUGAUGGCACAGGUUGAUUCUUCUGUUGGCGGCAAAACCGGAAUAAAUCACCCUCUUGGAAAGAAUAUGAUUGGUGCAUUCUACCAGCCACAGUGUGUGCUGGUAGACACAGACACACUGAACACGUUGCCAGACAGGGAAUUGGCAUCAGGUGUAGCUGAAGUGAUCAAAUACGGACUGAUCAGGGAUGCCGAGUUCUUUGAAUGGCAGGAAAGGAACAUGGAGGCAUUGUUGGCAAGGGAUCCAGCUGCAUUAGCUUACGCUAUAAAGCGGUCAUGUGAAAAUAAGGCUGAGGUUGUAUCACUGGAUGAGAAGGAAAGCGGAUUGCGAGCAACACUAAAUUUGGGUCAUACAUUUGGCCAUGCCAUAGAAACUGGCUUUGGAUAUGGAGAAUGGCUCCAUGGGGAAGCUGUUGCGGCUGGCACGGUAAUGGCAGUUGACAUGUCAUAUCGUCUUGGUUGGAUCGACAGCUCAAUCGUCGAGAGAGUGAACAACAUCUUAACACGAGCAAAGUUGCCCACAGCACCGCCCGAGACAAUGACCGUGGACAUGUUCAAAUCCAUCAUGGCUGUGGACAAGAAAGUUGCGGACGGAGUGUUGAGGUUGAUCCUUCUCGAGGGCCCUCUCGGAAACUGCGUUUUCACCGGCGAUUAUGAGCGCAAGGCAUUGGACGACACGCUCCGUGCAUUCUGCAACAAGUCGUGAGCUUUCCCCAAUCUUUUGUUAGGGUUCUCCAAAUGUUUUGCGAUUGAUAUGAUAGAUUUCCUUGCUCGGUGUUUCUGUGUGUGUGCAAUGUAUUUUUUUUUUUCCGGUGGUGUAAUUUUUUAUGAGCUAAUAAGAAGAGAUCACCGUCUUCAACAUA